AUGGCGGUGGUCAAGGUGGCGCCGGCGGUGGCGGGUCUAACGGAGGCUUACAGCGCCCCUGCUCAGCCCUCUGGGGGCUAUGGCGGCCCAUCUUCUUCCUCUGGAUCCUCAGGAGGCUACAGUGCUCCUGCUCAGCCCUCCGGAGGCUAUGGUGCCCCAUCCUCUUCCUCUGGAUCCUCGGGAGGUUACAGUGCUCCGUCUCAGCCUUCUGGAGGCUAUGGUGCCCCAUCCUCUUCCUCUGGAUCGUCAGGAGGCUACAGUGCUCCUGCUCAAACACCCUCCGGAAGCUACGGCGGCCCAUCUUCUUCCUCUGGAUCGCUAUGGGCGCCCCCAUCCUCUUCCUCUGGAUCCUCGGGAGGUUACAGCGCGCCUUCACAGCCUUCCGGCGGCUAUGGCGGCCCAUCGUCGUCCUCUGGGUCUUCGGGAGGAUACAGCGCCCCGUCCCAGCCAUCUGGGGGCUACAGUGCCCCCUCACCGCCCUCUGGAAGUUAUGGUGGCCCAUCCGCUUCUUCUGGUUCUUCCGGAGGUUACAUGAGCUGA